GAGCUUACACGAGAGGGCCUCUGGCGUCCCUCACUUCUGUCUUCAUCCCUGCUUGGUCGUAUACCAUCUCCACCAACUCCCCAAAAACACUCUUAGGUGCUCCCGAGGCCUCUAGCGUCGUCUAUCACCUCGCUGGUACACAGGUCCAUGGUGCAGCUCGCCCCCCUACUUAAGCUUCCCUCGUGCUAUGUCGGCUCGAGUCACCGUUGUUUGCACGGCUCGAGCGACUAAUCCAUCCGCGGUCAAAGCUCCACUGCCGCUCGUCCUCAUCGUCGGUGAAUGAGGCCACUCCAGCGACCCCUCGACCCCAUCCGAAUGGCGACUCGACGCUUAACCGAUACAUGUUAUUGGUUUGCCUCACCGUGGGCGGAGACGACGCCGGUGAGCUCUCCCCCCUCCCGGUCAGUGGUUGACGACUAUCUUGCAAGGCCUUCUCGUUAGUCUCCAAUUUCUCUCCUCCUCCGUUCUCUGCUGUUGUUGCCUAGGGCCCACGCGCCCUCGCUCAUCUGGGCUUGCACGCCUCUGGGUCAGCCAAGACGCACACACACAUCUCGCCUAGCUAGUUCUGGUCGUUUUUCUUUUUCUCUGUGUUUUCCUUUUAAAAAACUCCAUAGACCAUAAUAUUUACAACCUUGUUAAUGGUUUAGUUUCUGGCAUGUAAAAUAAACUUUUCUAUAUUGUUCUUAAUUGAAAUCGUAUUUAAAGUAUUUAAAUUCAUUGUUUAAAUUCAAGACACUAUUUUUCGCACUCCAAACUCAAAACGUUGGCAUUAUGUUAUUUUUGGUUUUCACUCUCGUAUUUUACAAAAAUUAGUUGACAUUUUUAGGAGUGAUUUAUUUUUCCUAUGUUUGUCGUGGUCUUAUUUUUGGCCUUUAUAUUCCGACGAUAGAUUACAUUGUUGACAUAGAAGUUGGACCAGAAGCUUUCGAAGACCCCAAAGACUUUGCUCGGCUAGGCAACCAACCCUUUGACCAUAUCGAUGAAACUCUUUCUUGCAUGAGAUUAUACACUAGUGGAGAAAUGGCUAGCCACAACCCAUGUUGGUGUCACACCAUUUUUCUACAACACCAGCACUAUUUUUUCAAAUAGCAUUGUCGUCGGCUAAAUUGGUAUGCGAAUUGUAAAUGGUUAGUGAUGGCAUUGAUAUUUUUGGACACGUCACAAAUCUAUUGGCCCACGUGCACUCACCAUUUGGAAGAUAGUGCUCAUGUUGCAUUUUUGUGCACAUCAUAGAUAAUUAAUUAGUGAUGGCGUGCGAGAUUGUUGUAUUCCACACAUUAUAUUUCCACUUAUACUAGUAUUUUAGGUAUUUAAAAUUAUAUAUGCUAGUUAGAAAAUACUAAACAUUUUAUUUUACAUUUUGGACAUUAUUAUUUUUAAUAGUCCUAAGUUUGAGUGUUUAAUUAUGUUUAGUCUUUCGAUAAACUAAUUUUUUUUAUACAUGUUGUUAUUAUCUAUGGCGUUGCAUUUUAGGCCCACCUAGUUAACUCCCACACCUUAGUAAAAGACUUAGUCCACGUGCCCUUUCAUUUCACCUACCCCUCAACCAGACGCCACCCCUUGUUGCCCGUCGCAGUCCGUCGCGCCCCUUCACCGACCAGCAAGGUUGAAUCCUCUCCUUCCCCUCCCGCUGUAUCUCCUUUCAUAUGUGUGGGAUUCAUAUAUUUUUUGAUUUAGGAUUCAUUUGUGUGGAUAUUUCAGUACAUAUAUAUAAUGGAUUCCUUUCUGUGAUGUAGAAUUCAAAUUUCAUUCCAUGGGUUGUUUUGUGUAAAUUUUUUAGUGAUAAUCCAAUGUAGAAUGUGAUUUAAUAGUGCAUUUUGAGUAAAAAUGUUUUUAAUGUCUACAAUGUUAAUGAUUCUAGUUCAACUUAAUUUGGUAGUGUAGUCUACAAUUCUAGAGGAAUAAAUGAAAUGAACUCCUAACGUGAUACAUGUCACUAGUGUUGAAUUUACAUGUUACUUGUGUCGUUUUAGUAGUCUAGAAUCCGAUUAUAUACUUAGUUUUCAACAUGUUUCGUAUAGAAUGGAGCAACCACCACCAUGUCAAGUGUGCAAGUCAAGGUGCACAACUAGCCCUGUAGCUGCCAUGUUGUUCGACAUAUACUUCCAGCCGUGUUAUGUUCCUACGACGGUAAGAAAUUAUGAACCUUCUAAUAGUUUUUUAUUUUGUUUUUGUUGUUAUUUCCACUAAUGCAUUGUGUGUGUUUUUAUUUUUUCGUACACAUAUCGUCCCUUGCAAUGUGAGAUUGGAUUUCAAUGAGCUCAAAUCUAGAGACACUGUCAUCUUUGACGGCCCUGGGGGGCCUACACUAUGGAGGUGAAUAAGGGAUGGAAUAUAACAGAGAUUGGAGGAGAUGAAUGGGAUCGUUUGAUCGCCCGCAUGCAUCUCACUUGGGGAGAAUCAAUCAGCUUCUCCUUCGGAAGAGGAACUCCAAGGCUUGCUAUUAUCUAUCUCAACUAUGAGGAAGAACAUGAUGACCCACGUAAUGAAGUAGUAUUUUCCCAAAGACUUACUAGGCAGAGCGAGAAUGAAACUGACACACUUUGGGAAAAACUUCCACCGCGUGAUGCAUAUGUUGUGAUGCCAUUCGUGACCUGCCUGACACGAAUGAUGGUUAACCGCCAUGUCAUGAAAUUACCUAACGGUGUAUGUGUGAGCUAUGGAAUCAAGCCAUAUGGAGAAGGCAUUGCUAGACUACGCCUUACCCUAAGGGGCUCCGUCACCACCUCUGCUUAUGCAGUGCCCAUGGACGGGUGCACUAUCUUCAGUGCGGCUGGGUGGAGCAACUUCCUGACUUGGAAGAAUCGCCUGGUUAGACAGGCCAUCUUAGUCACUACCAGGAACACCCCAGAAAGUGACUUGAGGAUGAUGAUCGUUAUCGAUCUCCUUUAAGUAUGUUAGUUUGCCCGUGUGAAAUAAACUCCUUAUUAACUAAGCUAUAGGUAGAUAUACUUUGCUCGUGUUUGUGAGGAUUGUCAUUAAUACCUACUUGUGAGCUUGACAAUUAUUAUUAACUGGAAUGCAUUGUUUUAUUAGACUAGGUCCUCAUGUGCAAUGCUAAAAGGUAAAUGUUAUGUGAUGGGUAACUUUUUU